ACCCCCUCGAAAGAUUGUCGAGAGAUUUGUUGAGGUGAAACACCGGUAGUCUUUACCUUUAGUCUUGCGUACCUAUCUGUUUCGUGUUAAUUGUUCAAGAAAAAGGUUGAUAUUUCCACGUUAGUUCGUUCCUAGGAGACGAGAUAUGCGUGGGAGAUGGUGACGACUCGCUUCCUGUGAGUUACUUUUUUGUUUGUUUACGGUGAGUAGAAUUAGUGUUGCCGUGUAAACACAACGUGAAUGAUGGAGUCCACCGAGAGGUUGAUUGCAUCUGCUGAGAACAAAGACUGGGAUGCUUUGCUGACAAUACUGAAACCUAAAGACUUUUGCAGUGAUAUACCGAGGUUGCUCAGUGAUUUUGUCAAGUUGGUCAAAGUUGCCGAACUCUUGACAGACGAGUCUUUAGAUCUUCCCGAAAAACUUAAAAAUGUCUUCCUCAAGUGUCUGGCCAAUUCUUGUGUCAAUGGGUACAUAGAGAAAGAAUAUCCACUAAAUGACAACGAGGACUCUGUCGCCCAUAAAAAUAUCUACAAAUAUUUGUCCCAAGAAGUCUCAAAAUGGAACAAAGAAAGUUUAUAUCCGUACCACAUUAAUUUUCCCUACGAUGGUGUUGUCAGGUGGUCCAUUAAAACUGUUUCUGAGUAUGCUGCGGAUGGCAAAAGAUUGAACGAGGAACAAACCGAGGUCUUGAGACUGAGCAUUCAAUUUUUGUGCAAUUACUUUACAUUUGCCUUUGAUAUUUCUAUUUCUUCAAACGCCAAUGUUAUACUGGAUUGCGUCAAGGAUCAGAAUUUUAAAAAUACAAUCAUUAAGCUCGUUGGUCACGAUCGUGCUCCGAUUGCCAGAGCAGCCUGUGCCUAUGUUCAUAACAUGGUGAAGCAGCUAUUCCAAGAAUUUUAUCCAACUAUUGAUAAAAAGAAAUUGACCACUGAACUGAUAAAAUCAACCAUAUCAGAUAUUCAAGCGGCGUUAGACACGAUAACUUUGUUACUCAGAGAUCCGAAUUAUUUGAAAGAUAUUUAUGAGGAAGUAAGCAUAGAUGACAGAUUAUAUUUGCUUGACAUUAUUCACCAAGAAGUACGUUCAGUUGCUUACAAUGAGGGCAACCAUGGUGCUUAUGUCAUGCCAAUUGAAACUAUUGAAUUCUUGGCUGAUAAUUUCAAGAAAAAGAGUGAUUUAAUUUUAAAAACGGUUGAUACUCACGUGAAGAACUUGGAACCUACAGAGGUCACCAUACUUUUGGACAUUUUGGGAGUAUUGACAUCUAAUUCGCAUUUAGAGGAAUGCAAAAGACUUCAGGAGGAUAAAAGUCUUUUAAUUAACUGUAUUUAUUUGUUAAAAGCCGUCCAUAUGGCGGGAAAAGAAACAAACAAUUGUUUCACCCCAUUGCAAAAACUAAGCGAUUUAGCUAUAGCUGCUAACAAAAAUGGUAAUGAAACUGAAGAUUCCAACAACGAUUUUCACAAAAAAAUUCAGUCUCAUCCCGCAUUUGGCUUCAAAGCUGGUGUGAUACGUGUCAUUGGUAAUCUAGUGCAUAAGCAUGAAAAAAAUCAAAAUCUCGUACGUGAAUUAGAUGGGCUUCCUCUCUUGCUCGAUUGCUGCAAUCUUGAUGCGAGAAAUCCAUUAAUAAUACAGUGGACGACCUUAGCCACGAGAAAUGUCCUCGAAAACAAUUCCGAGAACCAAGAAGUCGUCUCCAAGAUGGUGAAAAUCGGAACAGUGGACAGCGUAGUUCUGCGAGAGCUAGGACUCACCCUCCACAACGAGGGUGAUGGCAAAGCAAUCGGCAUAAUGCCUCUGCCAAGCAAGAAUUAGUUUGUUUCACCGAAUGCCAGUUUUAGUCAUACGAUGCGACGUUGUAUUAAUCAAAUUGUAUGUUAAUUGAAAUAGUCCGUCAGUACCGUCAGAAAUAGAAACUAGAAACGUCCAUGUUUUUCACGUACAAUAGGUACACACAUUUAUAAUUUUCAUACGGCUUCGAAAAUAUUUUAGAGUCCAACUAUAAACAAAAAAAUUAAAAUUCCAUUGAAACAUUUAUAAAGUUUGAGAAGAAGAGAAAA